AUACUGCGUGACCUCACUUCCCUAGCAACGGGGGCGGGACGGGCGCGCCUGGCGGUGCGGUGCGGCCCCGCCUCAGGCGCCCCUCGCGUCGUGCUCGAUAGCCGCGGCCAACUCCGCCAGCCCCGUGGGGAGGAGCCGUGAGCGGCACCGGCGACGGCGGCAGCCGCGGCCCCACCACAUGGCCUCAGUGAAGCUGCCCGGGCCGUCUGCGCCGCGACGCUUAUGCCGGAUAGGGAACGGCGUCUCGCAGCCCUCCUUGUUGUCGUCGUUCCCCUGUCAGCGUAGCGAAGAGGUGCUCCCGGCGCCGCCGCCCCGCGCUUCCAGGAGGGGGGCCUGGGCGCGUUCUUGUGUAACUUGUCUUCGUAUCGUCCACAACAAUCGGGCUCAAGCCUUUUGGCUUCAAAGCAAGGUGACAGCUCGACUUCUACUCUGUGUCAGCUAUGUUGCUGCUGAGAACGGCAUGCAGGCCAGGAGAUAAGAGUGAAGUAAAGAAACCAAGUGUGAAAGGGAUUGUUUUAAGGAGGCAAAAUAGGGAGCCGGACUUGGGAUGCUCACCUGAUGCAGCAGUCUAACAGCCCAUCCAGCCUACCAAGUAUUGUGUGUUGCAGGCAGCAAAAGGCUUGGUAGCAGGUGGAGUAGGGAGUGCAGAGCUUCACACAUGCACAAAGCAAAAGUGGAACCUCCAGAGCUCUAUGGUCAUCUGCUGAGGACCUCUAACGUACCACCUGUGUGCCUCUUUGCCUUCUGUUUUGUGUCUAAGGACUUCCAUGCUGGAGGACAGAGUGAUAACGUUGUGCAGUGCCUGCCAAGUAAGUGACAAGCACUGCACAGGAAGCCUUUCGUGCUUGCAGGGUUAGGAGAGCAGAUUCUUGACAGCACAGAGGUGCAACCAACUCAGCUAAUCCCAAGGAUCACCGGUAGAUAAUCUGCUCGGAGAUAGUUUGCUCAGAUGUGCUGUUUACUGAUGAAGAUAACUGCACCUCUCACACAAAGCAGCCUCCUCUCCCCUGCUCAGUGUGCUGUCAGUGUUGCUUUAUUUGUUUUAAUCUCUUGCUAGCAUUUUUUGACUUGCUGCUGCCACUCACACCCCUGCCACAUGCAGAUUGAUACAGCAAUGUGAUGGACAAAAAAAAUCCUGCUCCAGAAGUUCCCUGUGCUGCUGCUUAUCCCUCUGUGAUGGACGGCGGCAUGACGUGAGCUACUACCAGCCUCAUAGAGCAGACAAAGGCAAAGAACUGAAAAGCUCAGGCCCCUUGGUUGCUUUUAGGCACAGGGGCAAGGACCGUCGCUACGUGAGCUGCAAAGGGCGAAAGGGCAGUGAAUACUUCCUUUUUCUGGGUGGCGUACACUGGGGCGGAGCUGCCGGUCGGAGCUCACCGCAGCGAAGGCUCUGAGAACUGAGGGGAUGCUGCCAUCGAGCGUCCACUCUUCGGGAUUGCAGCUCGGCAUCCGAGUGCCGUGAUUCUUCCGUGCUCUCUGCUGACACCGGGCGGCCGACAUUGGGUACCGCAGCCCGGGAGAUGCGUAUGCGCGGUGCUGUCCCCCGUGCUCCACGCUGCCGUCCGUCGGUAACGACAAUGCGAUACCAAGGUGCUCGCUGGUUGGUGCAGCCACUUUCGUUGCUGUCUCCCGGUACGAAACCGCCGCGGCCGUCCCACCUGGGACGCGGUGGCGGCUCCUGGCGUGCAAAGCGCGCAACGGUAACGCCGGUGUCGCCCGCUCUGUGCUGCCACCCUGCGGCCGGAGCGUGGCCCCGCAGCCCGCACUCGUGCCCGGCCGUGAUGCCGAAACCGAGGCUACCGGUGGUCAGCGAGUUCCUCUGGCGGGUGUGUCUCCUGACCGCUGGCUGCCCCGGGAUGGAAGGCAAGAAGCCUCAAACCAUCCCAUCCGGCAGGCUUCCCGUCCGCUGGAGGCAAGCCGGGUCAGCGCAGCCCCUAGGAGUUACUCGGCUUCUUCCUGAGGAUGCUGCCGCCUGCACCUGUCUCAGGCUCAUGGGGAUUGUCUCUGCCAAACCUUACUUUCCUUGUGAGUGGGGGCAAAAAAGCAGAGCAUUUGCAGGACAAGUGGACAAGACCUACUGUCAAGAGAAGGGAGGACAACCAAGCCACUGGAAUUACAGAAGACAAAGGGAGAAGGAGAAAAAAAUGCCAAGGCAGAAUCUGUCAAGUUCUCCUGACAGCACCAACCUGCGAAUGCCAUAAAGAACCGGGAUCCUCCUCGGUCCAAGUCUCUCUUCAGUAAAUCAUUAUUAAUGAGGCCGUUUAAAUGACACAGCCCCUAACGGCGUGACGGGGGGAUGCACACCGAAGGAGUCGGCUGUCACUCAGGACGUUCCAGCUCCCGACCCGCCGCUGUCGCACUGUCCUCAGCCCCGGAGCGUAAACUAGCACCGCCGGGGCUCCCCCCUGUCCGGAGCAGCUUCUCGGCGACAGGCGGACACUCCCGCUGUCCCACAGGGGUGGGUCGGCACAGGGCGCUGCCGCCAGCGUGCUGGUGCGGCUUUCACGGCACUCCCGGGGGUCCGGAAGGGCUCUUCGGUCCUCCAGAUGUCGCACUCCAUGAUCCCGCAGUCUCCCAGCCUCCCGAAAGUACCCGACAGUCUCUAUGGUAGCGCAGCCUGUCUCGUGGAGAUGUCAGUCAGUCUCUAUGGUAGCGCAGCCUGUCUCGUGGAAAUGUCAGUCAGUCUCUAUGGUAGU